AGAGCUAAAACUGGAAAAAGAAAUUUUUUCAUAUUCUUUACUUUAAUUGAUAUUUCACCCUAGUCUCUGCUUAUAUUUUGAUAAAUCCUUACUUAAUGAUAAUGGUAUUCUAGAGGUGCUGAUCAACCAACCCAUACAUCACCAUGGCGAGAAUGAAGUUGAAGGAAUUGGAGUCAAACCUACAAGAUGUGGAUGGAUUUGAGGAGCCGAAAAUCCUGUUGGAGCAAUAUCCUACUUCUCCUCAUAUUGCAGCUCGGAUGUUGCACACUAUCAGCGCCAGUUUUGACGACAUUGAGAAUAAACUCGUGGCAGACCUCGGGUGUGGAUGUGGAGUCCUCAGCAUGGGAGCAGUUAUGUUGGGGUGCAGCCACUGUACAGGAUUCGACAUUGAUGAUGAUGCCCUGGACAUAUGCUCUAGCAAUUUCAGUGAUUUCCAGAUAAAUAACCUAGACCUUGUUCAAAUUGACCUCGCCAACCUAGACGUCACACUAACAAAAUGGCAGAAAAAGUUUGAUACGGUUAUUAUGAAUCCGCCAUUUGGGACGAAGCACAACAAAGGUAUUGACAUGGCGUUUUUGAAGCUUGGUAUUGAAAUGGCAACCACUGCUGUCUACUCCCUCCAUAAGACAGCCACACGUGAGCACAUACAAAAGAAAGCCACAGAAUGGGGUGUAAAAAUGGACAUUCUUGCUCAGCUACGCUACGAUCUGCCAGCGUCUUACAAAUUCCAUAAAAAGACCAGUGUUGACAUUGAAGUGGACUUCAUUCGAUUUUCAUUUGAAAAGUUACCAAAAGCAGCUAAGAAAAGUUCCAGCUGACAAGGAUAAAUUGGGAAUAUCUUUUAGAUGGUACUUCUAGAACUUUUUAGGGGUGACAAUACAACUGGACUGAUUAGCGAUUAAUACAGAACGAAAUGUGGGUUACUGGUUUCUUGCAGACACCCCUAAAAUUGUCCAUGGGGCAGGGACAGGAAGGAUAGAAUGGUACAGGAAGUAUUUUUUGUUAUGAUAAAACCUGGAGUAUUCUGCAUUUACAUGU